UAUAGGCUGGAGGAGCGCGAGAAUUUGAUGUAAAAGUACUUUUAUUGCUCAAACUUGCAGGACCGCCAAGUGAAUUAGGAGGGGGGACAGUCCGCGGAGAAGCUCGACUUUCGCAGUCACUGGAUCCUACGUUUAGUGGAGAAAUUUGGUGUCAAGGUCAGGAGUGGCCAUGCCAUUUGGCUGUUUAACAAUCGGAGAAAAGAAGGAUUAUAACAAUCCUUCGGAGGUGACAGAUAAAUAUGACCUGGGACAGAUCGUUAAAUCGGAGGAGUUCUGUGAGAUAUUUAGGGCCAAGGACAAAACUACAAUGAAAAUGUACACAUGUAAAAAGUUCCUCAAAAAGGAUGGAAGAAAAGUCCGCAAGGCUGCAAAAAAUGAGAUCCUCAUCUUAAAAAUGGUGAAGCAUACCAACAUACUCCAACUGGUGGACGUCUUCGAGACCAGAAAAGAGUACUUCCUCUUCCUUGAACUUGCAACAGGCAGAGAGGUAUUUGACUGGAUCCUGGACCAAGGCUACUACUCAGAGCGGGAUACCAGUAAUGUGGUGCGCCAGGUGCUGGAGGCCGUCGCCUACCUCCACUCCCUGCACAUUGUUCACAGAAACCUCAAGCUGGAGAACCUGGUGUACUACAACCGCUUGAAGCACUCCAAAAUAGUGAUCAGUGACUUCCAUCUAGCUAAGCUGGAGAACGGAUUGAUCAAAGACCCCUGUGGGACCCCGGAGUACCUAGCUCCUGAGGUGGUUGGCAGACAGAGAUAUGGCAGGCCCGUGGACUGCUGGGCCACGGGUGUCAUCAUGUACAUCCUGCUGUCAGGCAACCCCCCUUUCUAUGACGAAACUGACGAUGAUGAUUAUGAAAACCAUGACAAGAACCUGUUUAGGAAGAUCUUGGCAGGCGAUUACGAGUUUGACUCUCCAUACUGGGAUGACAUCUCUGACUCAGCUAAGAGUCUGGUUGCUCGUCUGAUGGAGGUGGAUCAAGACCAGAGACUGACAGCUCAGGAGGCUAUAAACCAUGAAUGGAUAUCUGGGGGUGCAGCUUCAGAUAAGAAUAUCAAGGAGAACGUCUGCGCACAGAUAGAGAAGAACUUCGCCAAAGCAAAAUGGAAGAAAGCCGUGCGGGUCACCACCAUCAUGAAAAGACUGAGAGCGCCUGAUCAGAGCAACUCCAGGGCAGCCAGCCCUGCAGCCGGAGUCCCCACAGAUCCUGCUGCUCCCCAGGCAGCUGCAGACCCCUCUGCAGCCUCGGCCGCUGCCGCACCCGAGGGAGGGCCCGCUGCAGUCACAGAGCCCCCUGCUGGAGUGGAAAGCAGCCAGGCAGCACCAGAGGCCGGAGGAGCGGUGGCAGCCUCAGCCCCGGAGCCAGAGCAGCCGAGCCCCGCACCACAGGAGGCUGACCCCACAUCGCGCUGUAAUGGAGAGGCGUCAGCUCCUCCCCAGGCUGCCGCUGAGGCCGGGGACGAGCAGGGUUAG